AUGUCUGUGCUAAAGGCGAGACUUGCGCCUCACCUUCAUUUGAGGGUGCCAUUCGAAAGCGGCAAGUAUGGCUCGCGCUGGUCGAACAAAGAUCUUGACCCGGUACCACCAGAACAGCGUACCUGGGGUGGUCUCGACUACUGGGCGUACUGGUGCUCCGACAUGCUCGCACCUCCUUUGGCGUCUACUGUAAGCAGUGUCAUGGCUCUGGGUUUCACAGCGAGAGAGACAAUCCCAAUUGUCUUCUUCGGCUUCGCCAUCUGCAGCGUCGUCAUAACACUGACGGGCAAGAUGGGUGCCACAUACAAUGUGUCCUUCCCCGUCAUCAUCCGAAGCGUCUUCGGCAUGUAUGGAUCGUUCCCGGCUAUCUGCAUCCGAGCUUUCGUCGCCAUGAUGUGGGCUGCGAUUCUCACGGUUCAGGCGAGCAACUUCCUGCAACGCUGCCUUGAGGCGAUUUGGCCGAGCUUCAUCACAUUUCCGAAUCAUCUACCGGAGAGCGCCGGGAUAGACUCGGCUGGAUUGCUAUGCCUGUUUUUGUACUGGUUCUUGCAAACUGCGCUCGCCCUCAUGCCAAUCUCGAAAUUGCGCGUCCUCUUUUGGAUCAAGGGUAUCGUCGUGCCGCCCACGUUCUUCGCUCUCUUUCUUUGGGCCGUCAUAGUCACGAAGGGUGGCGGUCCGCUCAUCAAAGGAAAGGUGGAGAUUACUUCCACUUACAUGAACACCACCUACUCAGUGCUCACCGGCCUCAACGCUGUCGUUGGGCUCUUCUCCUCUUUGGCCGUCAAUAUGCCAGACUUCGGCAGGUUCUCCAAGAAUCAGCUCGCCGGCUAUCAUCAGUUCCUCGCCCUCCCCAUCAUUGGAACAUUGGGCGCACUCACACCGAUCUUCGUCACCGAUGCUCAUUCGUACCUCUGGGGCGAGUUCGAAUGGUAUAUGCCAACCGUCAUCGCGAAGUUCGACUCUCGAGCUGCGAAGUUCUUCGUAUCCGCCAGCUUCCUUCUUGCGACAAUCGGAAACCAGAUCGCAGCCGAUACCUACCCGUUCGCGAACGAUGUAGCUGGCAUGCUACCAAAAUAUAUCAACAUCUUCCGAGCCACCAUCAUCAUUUCCGUCUUUUGCAUCGUAUCCACUCCAUGGAACAUCAUUAAGAACGCGUCGGGUCUGCUCUCGUUCUUGAGCGGCUACUCAUGCCUCAUGGGUCCUCUCGCAGGCACGAUGGUCAGCGACUAUUACCUCGUCAAAAAAUGCAAGCUGGAUGUGGAUCAGCUCUACACGCAUCGCGGCAUCUACUGGUACAAUGGAGGCUGGAACUGGAGGGCAUAUGUGUCCUUCGUCGUAGGAUUCGCUCCGCUCCUUCCGGGUUUUGCUAAGAGCAUCGACAACGGUCUGGACAUCGGUGGCGCAUGGAAAGUCUACACGUUUGCGUGGAUCUUUGGGUUCUUCCUCUCGCUUUUUACGCACUACGUUGUAUGUACAUAUAUUUCGCCGGCGACAGGAUCGUUGGUAGAAUGCGCGGUGUACCCGCCGCAAAAGGGUGAGGUGGUCGCGCCGGUUCUCGAGGGCGAGGAACUAUCGAAUAAGGAAACUCUUGUGGCGAAGGAGAAGGAGAUGGCUAAUAUGGCUUAA